AUGGCCCUCCGCCUUCCUCUCGCCGCGCUCGCUACGGCGGCCGUCGCGCACGCCGCUGACGCCCCGCUGCCCACGUGGGUCGAAGUCGCUCGUGGCUACAAACAAGUCGCGGCCGAUAACAACGUCGUAUGCCUCCUCGAUGCUACCAAGCAAGUGUCGUGCGCUGCCCCGGCGACGGCCAUCGCCCAGUGGCCCAAGCGCGAUGGCGAGUGGUCGGCGAUCGCAGUUGGUGGCAGCUCGGUUGUCGAGUACAGCUACACGAACGGCACGGCCGUCGUCUCGGACAUU